UGGAUGCUAAUAAUACUAGGAAGCAAAUGAAUAAGAGGGGAGAAGCAUUGUGAAAGAAAAGUCCGGCACAGACUAUUCAGGACAAUGAAGUCUGCACUGUAUUUGUGUUUGCUGCUUUUUGGACUUCAAGGCCAGGGUCAACAGCAGGAACAACAAGCACACCAUUCCCCAGAAGACCAGUCCCAGGCUGAUGUUGAAAACUUGCCUCAUGUCAAGCUAGCCCCCAGCAACGCUGACUUUGCAUUUAAGCUUUACAGGCAGAUCAGAGAUGAGUCUGACGAUGGGAACAUUUUCUUCUCUCCUUUGAGUAUCUCCACUGCCUUUUCAAUGCUCACCCUGGGGGCCAGAUCAAACACGCUCAGAGAGCUGCACAAAGGCCUUGCCUUCAACCUGACUCAGCUGGAGGAGCAGGAGAUUCAUGAAGGAUUCCAGCGAAUCCUCCAGCUGCUGAAUGACCCUCACCGAGAAGUCCAGUUGAACAUGGGCAAUGCCCUGUUCAUAGAUAACCACGUGGAAUUGCUUCAAAACUUUUUGGAUCAUGUCUCAAAUUUUUAUUAUGCUGAAGCUAUUUCUACCAACUUCAAGAAUCCUCCAGAGGCUCUAAGGAAAAUCAAUGACUAUGUGGAAACAAAAACGCAUGGCAAAUUUGUUGACUUAGUGAAGAGUCUUGAUCCAGAAAAUGUGAUGGUUCUCAUUAACUACAUUUUCUUUAGAGGCUCCUGGGAAAGACCUUUCAAGAGUUUCAACACGAGAGAUGAUGACUUCUUUUUGGAUGCUGAGAAUUCUGUUAAGGUCAAAAUGAUGCAUCAAAACGAGGACUUUAAUGUGCACAGGGAUGAGAAGUUGUCUUGUUGGGUAGUAGAAAUCCCAUACAAAGGAAAUGUUACUUCAUUUUUUGUUCUGCCUGAUGAAGGGACAAUGAAACAGGUGGAAGAUGCUCUGCUAAAAGAAACAGUGGCUAAAUGGUUGAGAUCAUUUGAAAACAGGAACAUCUACUUGGGUCUUCCACAGUUCUCUGUCUCGGGCUCCUAUGAUGUUAAGAGCCUGUUUAAGAAAAUGGGUGUGACAGAGGUGUUCAGUGAUCAGGCUGAUCUCUCUGGAGUGGCAAAAAAUCUUCUUCUGAAGGUUUCCAAAGCUAUUCACAAGGCCACGGUGGAUGUUAGAGAGAAUGGCACAGAGGCUGCUGCAGUGACUGUGAUAGAAAUAGUACCAGUGGGUCUACCUUUUCCUCCUCCUCCUCUCAUCAACUUCAACAGGCCCUUCCUGAUGAUGGUUAUUGAUAAAACCACGGAUGCCGUGCUCUUCCUGGGGAAAAUUGUGAACCCAACUGCUAGGAAAGACUAGCCCAGAGCACUUAAACUCUCCAGGGCAGAGAGGAGACCUUGUGCACAUCCCAGAAAUUUCUUUGCAAAUUAGGACUAGAACUGAUCUGAUGUAUAAUUAACAAAUAAAAAAAUCUGCUGAUAAGUUCUUCUUUACUUCAAAACAGA